AUUUUACGUCAUCUUUUACAGCAAAGUCUUUCCGGACACGUGACACGGAAGUGGGUGACGUUGCAGGACAACAAAGAUGGCAGGAAUAGGAAGCAGCAGCUAUUGGGAAGGUGGAAUGAUGUGGAAUGAGUCACACAAGAGGUCAGAUCUGCGAAAGCAGGCGAGACAGUUGGAAAAUGAACUUGACCUGAAAUUGGUCUCCUUCAGUAAACUGUGCACCAGCUACAGCAGCUCCAGGGAUGGACGUCGAGGAGAAACGUCAGACACGACUCCACUGCUUAACAACUCCACACAGGACAGGAUGUUUGACACCAUGUCAGUGGAGAUCGAACAAUUACUGGCAAAAUUGACUGCAGUAAAUGACAAGAUGGCCGAGUACACCAAUGGGCCGGGGACGGCUACAAUCAAUGCUGCACUUAUGCACACACUUCAGAGACACAGAGACAUCCUGCAGGAUUACACACAUGAGUUCCACAAAACCAAAAACAAUUUUAUGGCCAUAAGGGAGAGAGAAGAUCUUCUAGGAUCUGUGAGGAAAGACAUUGAGACAUACAAGAGCGGCUCCGGGGUCAACAACAGAAGAACAGAGCUUUUCCUGAAGGAGCACGAACAUCUGAGGAACUCAGACCGACUGAUGGAUGACACAAUAAGUAUUGCCAUGGCGACCAAGGAGAACAUGACCUCCCAAAGGGGGUUGCUGAAGUCGAUACAGAGCAGGGUCAACACACUGGCCAACCGUUUCCCCGCCAUCAACAAUCUCAUCCAAAGAGUCAACCUGAGAAAGCGACGGGACUCCCUCAUCCUGGGCUCAGUGAUCGGUGUCUGCACCAUUCUCCUCCUCCUCUACGCUUUUCACUGAAAGACACCGAGGCUUUGCAGCAGCAUCAGGCGUGCGGUGGAUAUUAUGGAAGACUACGGUGAAUGAGCUGAGUGUAAGGAAGGAGCCCGGAUGUGGAAGGACUUUGUCUUUGUCCAGCAUGAACCUCCUGAACUUGUAUUUAACAGUGGGACGAACAGGAACAGCUGGUGGUUGGGAGCUCUUCAGCCAUGAAGGAAACGGAGACCAAAAGUAAAUACCAGAGCAGGUUUUUAAAAACAAAUAUAUUGAUAACUUACCGGGAGACAACAAAUCGAUCCGUGGAGAGACUGUGAUGCUUCGUUCUUUUCACAGGUGGAAGUUUCUUAGUUGAAUGGUCCUUUUUAAUCUCUAAAUUCUGGGCUGUACAAUGUGAAUUAAUAAAUUAUUCAUAAAAUGUGCAGACAGAGUGUGUAACGCUAGUACAUACAGAUCUCCUAAUACAUUAUUUUAUUCUAAAAUAAAUGAGUAAAGCUGA